AAGCAUCAUCAUUUAUUAUAAAUAAUCCUAUUCAGUUAAAUUUUACAUAUCAUAACUAUGAUGAACUAAAAAAUUAUUUAAUGGAAAUAAAUGCUAAGUAUCCAGAUAAAACUUAUUUAUAUUCUAUAGGAACCACCAAAGAAAAUAGAGCUAUUUUGGUUUUAGCCAUAUCAUUGAUUAAACCAAGUCGUUUGGAAUUUCAAAAAUAUAAGAAUGUAAAAUUAAUAGGGAAUAUUCAUGGUGAUGAGGCUGUGGGAAGAGAACUUCUUCUUCAUUUUAUAGAAUAUAUAUUAACUCCAUCUAAUGAAGAUGGUUAUAAAAUAUUAAAUUCAUUCAUGAAAGAAACAAUAAUACAUAUUUUACCAUCUUUAAAUCCUGAUGGAUUUGAACAUGCUCUACAAGUUGAAAAUCACCAAUGGAGAGGUAACAGUGAUCCUAAUGUUGAUUUAAAUCGCAAUUUUCCCGAUUACUUUAUGGAAAAUGACGUACCUCGCGAGCUGGAGACCGUAGCGGUUAUGAAUUGGUUGCGGGAAAUAAAUUUUGUCUUUUCAAUUUCGUUCCACGGGGGAGCGCUGGUCGUUAGUUAUCCUUACGAUAAUAAGAACCCCAUUUCUCAAAGCAACCCUUCUAACGAAAACCUGUCCGAUGAUGACGACGUAUUCAAGCAUUUAUCCAAAUCUUAUGUGGGAGUACUUCAGCAAGAUGCUAUUAUAGGCCAAUGUUCCAGGGAGGAGUAUAUAGAGCCAGGAAUUACUAACGGGGCUAAAUGGUAUCCCAUCACCGGUGGAAUGCAAGAUUAUAAUUACUUUAACGGUGUAUUCGAGCUUACCAUCGAGCUUUCCUGCCCAAAAUUUCCUGAACCCACUGCGCUUUUGACUUAUUGGAACAGCCACAAAGACUCGAUUAUACGAAUAUUGGAUGAGACAAGGAGAGGUAUCAGGGGACGAGUUCUGACGAUAAAUAAACUUCCGGUACCCUACGCAGAAAUAUAUGUCAAAAACAGAAUUCACAAUGUGUUUACCAACAAUGAGGGCUAUUUUUGGAGGCUUUUAUUGCCGGGUAGUUACGUAAUCAAGGUCAAUAUUCCGAAUGUAACUACUCAAUUUUUCCCUGUGCAAGUUCCACUGAAUACUGGUUACGUAGAUGUUGAGUUGGUGCUAAAUAUUUAGAUGCAAUUUUUUUUAAAUGAUUAUUGUUAUAAUAAUACGAGUGCCGCUAAUAAAUAAUCCGUUAAUAAUUUUUUUAAAUUAUGUUUUAUUUUUAGUCAGUCUUAAACG